CGAGGGCAAGGGAGAAAGUGGGGGGAAAGCGGCGGAGCUCUCUGAGCUCUGCCGGGGACUGCCCGCCUGACACCCCAGCAAAGUUUCCUGAGCUCGGUGACAAGAGGGGAGGAGGGAUGUGAGAUCCCCCUGCCCGCAGCGCGCAGCUGGGCUGCCAGCCCCGGUUCUGCUGGGACGAGCCAUGGCUUUGGCAUCCCCGAGCGAAGGGUGAGGCUGAGACCCCGGGCAGCCGCUCCCUCCAGCGCCUUCCCUGGCUCCGCGCUCCAGCCCAGGAUUUCGAGGCAACAGGAGACUGGAAACAGCCUUCCCAACACAGCAUUCACCCUGUGAGGACUGAGGUGACCUCCAAGACUCUUCCCAGCAUGUUCAGUGAAAAGAGCAGCGCCUCUUUGCCCCAAAAACCCACCCAGAAGAAGACUCGACCCCAGGGCCUCCCCUCCCCUGCUCUCUGCUGUGCCUGUGGACUCUGCAUCAUGCUAGCAGGGAUCAACAUCACCUUAGUGGGAGCAUUUGCCUUUGGGACCUUCCUCCCUGUGAACAACCCUCCCAUCAUCAUCGGGCCCAUCCUGCUGGUGGUGGCCUUCACGUUCUUCGGUGCCUGCUGCAUCUGCAGCCGGAGGCCCCCGGCCCACGGGGCCAGGAAAUCCAAACCAGGUUCUAACAUUGGGCUCAUCAAACCUGGCAACACAGCCUUUGAAAUUGAAACCAGUGAGCACACGGUGCAGGACACCACUGCUGUCCAGCUGAGCCCCACCAAUUCCCCCAUCUCCUCCAAAAAGUCCACGCCGGUUCACGAGAACGCCAAGGCUUGCAAACUCUUCACCAUGGAAGGCAACGGGCCAGUGGCCAAAUACUCCACAGGGGGAGAGGCCAUACAGCUCAACCUGCCCAGGGACCUGGCCACAUCCUAAACCCGGGCAAAGCUUUUGUCAGCAGCCAGCCAAACGCUGCCAUGGGUGGGCUGGAAUUGUGCCAUCAGUCAGAGGCGUGGGGAAGGUGCUUGUGGAAAGCCAGCAGUCAGUCAGGUCUCUCUGAACCACUUUAAGGGAGAUGGAUGCAACAGCAGAAAGAAAAAUAACCCAGAUUUUUUGCUGAAACAUGCCCAUUAUACAGUUUUAAAAAGAAAACUGAUAACGAUGCUGCUGUGAAAAGAUGAUCUCGGUUCCUGGAAAUACGCUGCCAUUUUUGGGGAGCACACAGAAGAGGGGAAUGAAUUAAUUUGUCUGAUAUAAUGUGACAGUUGGAAGGAGAGGCUACAUGGGACUGACAAAUGACAGCUCUUUCUUCUCAGAAGUGAAGCAAUUCUUGGACAUAAAAGAAGCAGGAAUGCAGUAAAUUACAGCUUGCUGCCACUCAGUCACAAGAAGAUUUCAGCAUUUUUAGUGCCAGACUUUUUGGCAGUAGGGACAAAGCUAUGUCUUUGCUACUGAAAAAGCAGUGUGAAACCAUCUCUCCUCUGUUGAAAAUUUUCGCCCUAUCCUGCCCUCAUUUGGGUGAUUUUACUGCCCAUUCGAAGAGAAGGAACCACAAGGAUCACAAUCAGCACUGGUAUUUUCCUCUCAUGUUAAUGAGCUUGAGCUGCAGCUGUGCUACUCCUCUCAGUGUAUUUCUUGGAAGAUCAGUCAGGCUGGAUCCUUGGGGAUAAGCUCCUGGGGUAACCAGAGACUAACAGGAGCCUGCAAAUUAAAUUUUUGGGCCGUGAUUAUAUAUGGAGUACUAGGCAACAUUCUUCGCAUAUUUUUGUGGAAGGCUGGCCUGGGACAUGCCUCAGGGCAGGGGGUAGAUGAGAGUAUGGGCUUCAGAACAGCUGUGCUGGAAGAUGGUGACUGUGAGAUCCAUUGCCCAGGAGUGGAUCCUUGCUGCAGGAAAUUGGCUGCUCAGGGUGCUCAUGGGCUUGCAGAGCAGUGGGAUGAGUUUGCAGAAGAGAAUUUAUCAAGAGCUGUUCCAAGCAAAAUUCCAAGAGAAUUUAUCAAGAGCUGUUCCCUCUGCCUCAGAAAGACCCUAACCUGGUGGAAUAAUGCUGCAAAGGGUUUGUGUUCUUCUCUGGGGGACUCUGGCUGGGAGCACAGUGCUGUGCUGAUGGGCUUUGCUCUGACUCCUGUUCAGUGUGGGGAAGGACAGCACUGCUAGGCAGGACUCGUAUGUGGGGAGGCAGCACCAAGAGAGUGGAUCUUGAGUAGGAAUGGCUGCACAGGUUCCUCUGUUUAUGGUAACUCUAUAUCUGAAAUGAGGUUUUUGGUACUUUGAAUGACAAGGAAAUCAUCUGGACCAUACCACAUCACUACAGGGGCCCAGCUAGCCCAGAAUCCAGUUUCUGACCAGGCUGAGAGCAAGGUCUGGAGAGGAACAUAAGGACAGGGGAAAACCAGGAUGCUGCUUGCCAGAAGUGCUUUCCCAGCUUCCAAUGUGCUAUUGCUUAGGAGCUUCCUGAGCUGGAAGUGGUGCCUGUAUGUAGCAGCCCUGAAUGGAUUUCUCCCCCAUGAAAUAAUCCAUUUGCACCUUGACUGUCUGUCAACUCCCAUCAUUUGUGAUCCUGCAGCAGAGAGUUGCACACUUUGGCUUCUUUUCAUCCUGCAUCCUCCUACCUCCCUUUGAUGGCUCAAAUUCCCAGGUUAGAAGGGUCAGCAAACAGCCCAUGGCCUCACCACCCCUCGGGUUUUCUGAGAUGUUUUCCAUGUCAUGUUCCCUGCAUCUCUCUCUUACAGAACUUUACAUCUCCUGUAGCCAGAGGGGAGGAAACUCUUCCCAUUCAGCCCAGCAGCAGCUGCUUGUUUGGCUGAGGACAGCACAGCCCUGAGGCUUUAGCCAUCAGAAAUCCAUGUAGAGAGAGAUGGGAGGGCUGAAGGGGAAGUGCUGGAGGAGAGAGAGGGGCUGUGGCAUGGCCAAGGCUCCCCUUGGCCGCCAGGUACCUCUGUGGAGAGGCAGCCCUGUGGAGAGAAAAGCCCUGGUGCUGUACAGGCCAUGCAGGAGGGGCCCUGGCUGCUCUGGGAGCCCCUGGGCAGCUCAUGGUCCCUGCAUGAGCCCAGCUAGGAUGAGGUUGAAGUAAUUCCUUGAUAAAAGGUUAACCAAAGAGUUGUAAUGUGAGUCCUUGAGCCCUCCAGCAGUUUGCUGCCUCCAACAGCUCCUUCUCCACAUCUUGAUUUUAGCAGGGUGGGUCUGCACUGAUUAGGAGGAGAAGAGGCAGGUUUGGGAGGAGGGUGUUUGUGUAGGGCUGGGUAUAUGUGGGUUCAGGUCUUUGGUACAGCCUCCAGGUCCUGGGCAAGUCAUUGAUUUGAGCUGUGAGAGGGCAAACACCUGCUCCAGCUCCAUGGAAAGCUGCUGUAGGGAUGAGCAUUGCCAAGGAGCAGGGCUGGCAUUGGCACACCUGAAUCUGGAGAUUGCUCUGAGCUGGAUGGGUCUGCACAGCCUGAGCCCUGUGGGAUCUCCCUUAGUGCUCAUUUUCUUGGGGAAGAAAUGAGCACUUUCUGCCCCCAGCACGGCCCCAGGAAUGCAGGAACUGCUGAGCUGAGGAAAGGCUCCCUCGAGUUUUGCCUGCCCAUGAGUGCUGUAGCAAUUAAGCAGAACAGCUUGCUGGUGUAGGCUUGAUUCUCAGCUUGCUGGCCUCACUAGCAUACAACAGCUUGGAAUUCUUUUAGAGACAUUUCCCGUGUGAAUAUGGUUAUCUUUGAGCACUCGGAGCCAAAAAAUUAGUAAAAUCAAGUGAUAACCACACAAUUCCUUUCUUUGAUUGCUGAAGUCCAGAAAGCCAGCACUGGAGAGCACCCUGGAAUCACUCCUCAUCACAGCUGCCCUGUGAAAUGCUACCAGAGGUGGAUAAUGCAGUGCCUGACCAAGAGAGGACAACCAGCAGAGAUGGUGUCUGGGCAGGCAGAGGGGCAGGAGCAGGGAGAUGCUGAUGCCCUGGUGAGGUGGGUGUGCCCACCAGUGAUGCCCUGGUGAGGUGGGUGUGCCCCCAAGCUGUGACCCACACCUGCCUGCCCAGCACGGUGGCCAUGAGAGCAUCCUCUGCCUUCCUGCUCUUGCCUUCUUCAGUCUUUUGUAAUUCCCAUGUCUGUCUGUCUGCUCACCCCCAUGGUCAGCUGUGCCUGAUGUUGUGAAUUUUGUGCCUCCUUGUGUAGUGGGAGAUAAGGAGAGUUCCUGGUUCUCCAAGUCAGCAUUUCUAGUGUGAGUCUUUUUAUAAAAAUUGCUGUUUCUGUGUGUGCAGUGUGGAAUUUGGAAAAGAGAGACACAUUAAAAUAAUUGCACUCAGAAA